AUGGAGGAACCUCCUCAUCCUUGGAUCGUACCCUUGGUCGCAGAUCCCUAUUCACCAGAAACUGUUACAUCGCGUCUAAAAGAUUUGCUCGAUGGGAAAGAAGUAGGCGAUGUACCAGGACUACCCAAAGGCGACAGUCGGAAAAUCGCACUCUACAACGUUGUCCGUCAGCUUGACUUGUCAUUGAAGCCUGAAGCAAUUGAUGCUGUCUGGCACGCCGUGUUCAGCAUGGCAAAUAAGCUUUGGUGGUGCAGAGAUGACAUAGCAGAUGCAACUUAUUGGUGGACGGAGGAUUACCUACCAGAAGCGGCAAACGAUGCAAUACAAGAAGAAGACCCCGACGACGAUUACGGUUUAGUAGAUGGGUAUGAUAAACGUUGGAUCGCAACGGCUCUUGGGGCUGCACGCCUCUUCUCGCUCGAAUAUGGCUACUCUCCCUGGGCGUGGAACUCAUUCAUUGACGGGCUCGAGUUGGAGCCGGGAAGCGUGAUUUCUGACAGCAUGCGCAUUGGAUCCUGUGCUCAGCUGCUUGGAGCUGGGCAAAGGUUGAAGUUGCGCAUCCACGGUGGAGGAAGCAGAUUUGAGGGGCCCGGUCCCGGGGGGAGAUACUUGAAACGCCAGCCGCCCAAAACAGAGCAGGAAAAGAAACAGGGGGAAGAGUUUUGGCAAAAGGUGUUGAAGGCGUUGGAAGAUCAGCAACAGAACGCCGGAGAAAAAGCAGCAGCGAUUUUGCAGAAGACUUUGGAGCAUCUGAAGGCAGACGCGCCAGACAUGACCAGCAUCGAAGUCGCCAACAUUAUUUGGCCAAAAUCGACGUCGACGUGAACUUGAGUGGACCUUGGUAAAUCCGUGUACUUGCAUCUAGCUG